ACUCGUAGCAGGUUCAGCCAACGGAAAGCUUAAUGAACUUUUUAACGGAAUUACUAAAAUCAAUACCAAAUAUGGUCCCUUUGAUUUACUAUUAUGUGUUGGGGAUUUAUUUGGGGAUAAUUUGGGCGAAAUAGAUUCAUUGAUAUCAGGAGAAGUGAAAGUUCCUAUCACGACAUAUUUUAUGUAUGGCGAACACGAACUUCCUGAUGCUGUAAAAGAGCGCGUUGAAAGUAAUCAAGGAGAAUUCUGUUCAAAUCUUUAUUAUCUUGGUCAGCAAGGUAGUAUGACUACUAUACAUGGAGUUAAAAUAGCGUUUGUUAGUGGUGUCAUGAGUGCUAUGGUGAACGAUCUUCCAUCGCAGGUUGACAUCCUUCUUACCUACGAAUGGCCAAAAUCUAUUACACGACUUUCUUCAACGUCUGUUCCUGAUGGCAUAGAGGGUUCGGGAAUUGUCGCGUCAUUAGUUACAAAAGUUAAACCGAGAUAUCAUUUCGCUGCAGCAGAGAAAAUUUCAUUUCUAAGGGAGCCUUAUCAGAAUGCACCUUCGUCUAAUUUAGCCAGCGAAAUUGAUGAUACACAAUUGCAAUUCGGACUUCCUACAUGGUUUGUUGGAUUGGCAGAAGUUGGUAAUACGAAGUCGAAGUGGUAUUAUGGUUUUAACUUAGUACCUUAUGUGCAUUUACCACCAUCUAAUUUUAUCAACCCACCGGAGAAUAUGACGGAGUGUCCCUUUUUUCAAUCAAGUACAGGACAGAAAAGAGGAUUUGGCGAAAUACAAGGGGAUGGUAAUUUCUUUUGGUCGACCCGAGAUUCGUCGGAACAAGCGAAUAAACGUGGUCGCCGCAAUACCCAAGGUCCACCACCAGAGGGCUAUGUGUGUAAUAAGUGUAAUCUACCGGGGCAUUGGAUUAGCGAGUGUCGUGGCGGGCAACCAAGACCACCUAAAAAUUAUGUUUGUAAGAAGUGCAAUCUAGCAGGAGUUCACUUCAUUGUAGACUGCCCAAGUUUUACGUGCAAAUUAUGUGGCGAGAAGGGUCAUACGCCUAAGAAUUGCUCAAAUUCAAGUGCGAUAAAUAAGAAAAGUAAUAAUGCGAAAUCAGCAGCUCCAUGUUGGUUUUGCUUGUCGAACCCUAAAACAGUAAAACACUUAAUUUUGUCUGUUGGCAAUGAAACUUAUUUAUCUUUAGCUAAGGGUAGCCUGAUAGAUACUCAAGAUCCCUCGGUGUGUAUUGUACCCGGAGGUGGUCACGUAUUGAUUGUUGCGAUAUCUCAUUGUUCAUCUUUUCGUGAGAUUCCAGUUGAGGACCGACUUAACUUGACAGAUGAAGUUGAAAAAUAUAAAAGUUCGCUGAAGAAAUUUUAUCAAGCCUAUGGUGCAGGAAUGGUUCUAUUUGAGGUUUCUUUACAAGGAAAGAAAAACCAACAUUGUCAUAUACAAGUUGUCCCUGUUCCAUUGGAGCACGAUUCAGAAAAAAUUCGUAAAGCAUUUAUUGAAGAAGCUUCAGCUAGCGAUUUGAAACUGCGCCCUGUUCCAUCACCUGUACCUAUAAAUUGUUUCAAGGUAGAUUUUCCCGAUGGUUCAUCUUUGGUUCAUGAUAUUAACCCCAACGAACAAUUCGAUGUGCAAUUCGGAAGGAGGGUUCUCGGAAAGUUAUUAGGGUUAUCUCAUCGUGUUAAUUGGAGGGAUUGUCAAUUGUCCGAGGAACUUGAACGUACAGACGCAGAGAAGUUUAUGCAGGCGUUCAUGCCUUACAAACCAAUGAUUCAAGACAAUUUCUGA